AUGCUACACCCUGCAUUAUAUACUAAAAACUUCACUAUUUUGAUUUUUCUUUAUGCCUCGGACGGAGAUCAUCUUAGAUAUUAUACCCUUAGUUAUACCACCGAAAGCUUCGCGUCACACUCAAAAACAAGCUUAUAUAUGAUUAUCCAAUUCGAUAGCAACGAUACGGGAAUAAUUAAGGGUUAUCUCACUGGAAAAAGCCAAAACUUAAUAGACCACAUCGAAAAUAUCGCUGGGAGGGGUCCUAGUCUGUCAAGUUCUGUCAAAAAUUCGAGUCACCUUAACGCAAGAGGCCUAAACUCGCCAAACUUCGUCAAAAACACGUAUCACAACGUUGAAAAUAAAUAUCACAUGAUUUGUCGUAUCGAUUAUGAUGAAAAACUCACCUAUGUCCGUUUAAUUGACAAUGAAGUCUUAAAACUUCCAAAUAUUCUCUCACCUAUUUACAUCUAUUCCGAACGCAUGAGAACAUAUGCCCUAUACACCGUAAGAGGUGUCUUUAUAAGCUACGCCUCUGAAGGAAAUUAUAAUUCAUCUGGUCUCGUCGAAAGUCCGACUUCAAUUGUCUACUCACCCUUUAAUGGAAUUUACCGCGAAGAAAAUAAUGGCGAACUUACACUUGUCGGUUAUAUUACUCGAGAAAACUACCCAUUACUCUAUGGGUUUAGUUGCCCUGAAUGUGAUCUGUUAUUUCGCUAUACAUUUGAGAGUGCAUACUGGAAUAGGCCAUAUGGCUGUACAUUUCCAGAAUGCAAUAGAUAUUUCCAGAUGAUUAAUAAUAAAAAUCGUCACGAGAGAAUUUGCCACCGAAAAGGUGGUCGACCUAAAGAUCCAGUUUGGGAAGAUUUUGAUAUUGGUAUCUCAGACAGCAAAGGACAUUAUAAGGCAAAUUGUAAAUUCUGUACUAAAGCUAAAUGGCAACGUGGUAGACCGGCAAUAAUGAUGGCACAUUUGGCACUUCAUUGCAAAGGCAAUAUACCUGAUAAUAUUCGACACAAAUGGUUAGUGACUUUGGCAAAAAAGACGGAAAAAAAUAUAAAUAUUAAUGAUGAUUAUAACGAUGAUGUAACGUUUAAGAAGGCUAAAAAAGAAGCAACAUAUCAAAUUACCAAAGAUCGAAUUAAUGAAAUUAAUUUUACUAAUCAACUACAACAUUAUGACAAUUUAACUUUAACAUUGGAUGGAUGGAGCAGCCCAUCAAAUAAUUCUCUUUAUAACUUUUUUAUAACAACACCAGAUCGAAAAGAAUAUUUACAUUCUAUUGUCGAUUUUUUAUUAUUUAAGCAAACUGGUCAAUUUAUAACAGAAGAAAUUGCCAAAGUUGUUGAUUCUAUAGGCUCCCAACAAUUUAUUGCUUGCGUUACUGAUGCUGGAAGUAAUAUACGUGUAGCUCGUGAAAUUACAACACAAAAUUAUUCUCAUAUUUUGAAUAUGAAAUGUAUUGUUCAUGCAAUUAAUUUAAUUGCAACCGAUUUAGUUCAAGUUCCACAAAUUAAAAAAAAUAUUAAGAAGGCAAACGAUGUAAUAGAAUAUUUUAAGCUUUCUCAUCGAGCUGGUAGUUUAUUUCGAAAUAUUAUUAAUACGAUGAAAAUUAAAGGUGGAGGCUUAGAAACUUAUGUGAAAACUCGAUGGUGUUCAUUCUAUAAUACAGCUAUUUCUAUUGUAUGA